AUGAGUGUAGUUGAUACGCUUCACUCAAAGCUUGGCCUACAAGGCGCAGGCUCCCCUCAUAUUUCCAUUGGCAUCGCCGCUUUCUUAGUCUGCGCUCUCGUUGCCUCUGUGCUCCUUCUGUCUUUACAGAAAGACAAGGCUGAGAAUGUAAUCGUGACUUAUGCGAAGUUUGUGUAUGCGAGUUUCUUGAAACCUCACGAGCGUGAUCGAGGCGGUGAAGGCGGCCAACAACAUGCACUGGAGAGCUUUUACCGAAGCCAGGCAAGCGCUUAUGAUGCGACCCGCAAGACACUGCUCCGUGGUCGCGAGGAUAUGCUCGGACUUUUGGCUGCCCAACUUAAGUUCAGAGAGGUGCAGAACAAGCUCUCUGCUGGAAAGCCCGUAUGGGUCGACAUUGGUGGAGGAACUGGGUACAAUAUCGAGGCAAUGAACCAAUUCCUUCCCGUGGAAACCUUUUUCUCUCACGUGUACCUGGUGGAUCUUUCUCCAUCUCUUCUGGAGGUCGCGCGGCAGAGAUUUGCACGUCUUGGUUGGAAGAAUGUCACCGUGGUUUGCCAGGAUGCCCGCGAGUUCCGCCUCCCGGGUGUGUCGGAGAACGGCGCAUCCAAGUCCCAGGAAGGAGGUGCUGAUCUGGUGACUAUGAGCUACAGCUUGUCGAUGAUUCCAGACUAUUACAGCGUCGUUGAUUCCUUGACCAAGCUUCUGAAACCGACCGGUAUCAUUGGAGUCUGUGAUUUCUACGUGCAAAGCAUCGUUGACGUCUCGUGCCGAAACUACACUGGCGGCGUCUUCAACCGGCAUGUCAACUGGCUUGGACGGGUGUUCUGGCGGGCGUGGUUUGAUUUUGACCGCGUUGAUCUGGAAGCUGCUCGUCGAGACUACCUCGAAUACCGCUUUGGAACGAUCAUUUCGGCGAGCGGGCGAAACUAUCUCCUGGGAGGAAUACCCUACUAUAUCUUCCUUGGAUGCCAGAAAGACAUCGCGUCGAGCAAUUCAAGCCGCGAGGCUAUUGAAAGGCUGAAUGCGUCCUUUACGGAGUCCCCGUACCUGUCUCCAGCAAACCAUCGAAAGGAGAUGAACGAUGCUGUCGAACGUGCUACUCCUGAGAUCCGGUCCAAAGCCUAUGAAUCUGCCGUGGUCAACCUGAGCUCCAAUCUUCCCCUUCCGUCUACAUUCUACCAGAAUCACCACUACCGGAUUUAUUACAACGACUUGCUACCAAAGCACACGCAGUUUAACAACGAAUACAUCUACGCUUUCAACUGGGAGGACCCUCGUGUCGACCAUCGUUUGUUGAACAUCACGAGUGAUGACGUUAUCCUGACCAUCACUAGUGCGGGUGACAAUAUUUUGGACUACUUACAGAAGAACCCCAAGAGAAUCCAUGCCGUUGACAUGAACCCCAAUCAGAACCACCUCCUCGAGCUUAAGGUCGCUUGUUUCAGCGCUUUGCCUUACAAGGACGUCUGGAAGAUUUUCGGUGAAGGAAAGCAUCCCGAGUUCCGUGAACUUCUGAUCUCCCGGCUCAGCCCACAUCUCUCCAGCCAGGCUUUCCAGUACUGGCUAGACAAUACCAAUGUUUUUACGUCCAAGUCUGGAAAGGGCCUUUAUGAGACUGGCGGAUCACGACACGCGAUUAAGCUUGUGCGAUACUUGUUCACGGUGUUUGGCCUGUCGGGGAAAGUCAAGAAGUUCUGCGAGGCCCCGACUCUGAACGAGCAGCGGAAAAUGUGGCCGCAAAUCCGAGGUGUCUUGCUGAGCAAACUUCUCAACUGGGCUGUGGUUGGAACGGAAUGGUUUGCCUGGAAGGCCGCCGGAGUCCCACCGGCUCAGAGAAACAUGAUCAUUGACGACUACCUCAAGAGAAAGGGCCUUAGCGGUGUGAAGAAGGGUUCGGACGUCAGUGGUCGGGCUAUCCGGGAAUAUGUAGUCGAUACGUUGGAUCCCGUUGCCAAGGAGACUCUGAUCAGCAACGACAAUUACUUCUACUACCUGUGUCUCCAAGGACGCUACUCGCGAAGUUGUCACCCAACAUAUUUGACUCCUAAGGCUCACGUCAAACUGUCCGCUCCUGGAGCCUUUGACGGUCUCCGAAUUCACACCGACGGGCUUGAUGAGGUUAUUUCACGCAUCAAGCCGGGAACUUUGACCAUUGCAGUGGUGAUGGAUUCAAUGGACUGGUUCAACCCCAAGGAAGAUGCUGCAGCGAAGCAGGCCCGAGCUCUUAACCGUGCCCUGAAGAUCGGCGGCCGCGUCUUGCUGAGAUCCGCGAGCAUCGAGCCAUGGUACAUCAAGGACUUCCAGGACAACGGCUUUACUCCCCGUCGUGUGGGAGCCAGAUUCCCGGGAUCAUGUAUCGACCGGGUGAACAUGUACGCCUCUGCUUGGAUUUGCACGAAGACCACAGAGGUGGACGCCAAAAGCUCGGAUCCUCCGCGUCCAGUGAGCGGUACCACAAUUGGACGAUCGAACAGCGUUGACCACCUCGAGAUUUAA